GUUGGGAGUAUCUCUUCAGGCAUGCCUGCUUCAGAUUGUGGGGUACAGAAAUCUAAUUGCAGAGGUUGAAAAGCUGCGCAGAGAGCCGUAUGAUGCUGAGAAUCUGCAACAUGAGGAAAUGCUUCUGAAGCUGUGGAAAUGCUUGAAGCCCGAUUCGCCACUGAAAGCUCGGAUUUCGAAGCAGUGGUGUGAAAUUGGUUUCCAAGGUGACGAUCCUAAAACAGACUUUAGAGGGAUGGGUCUCCUGGGCUUAUAUAACUUGGUGUAUUUUGCCGAAUGGGACACUGAGAUAGCUCAGCAAGUUCUCUCUGAUUCUCUUCAGCCUAAAUACAGGGAAGUCACUAAGAAGGAAAUAAGCCAAUUCAGCAAAGCUGAAUGGGAGAAGAAAAAGUUUGAUAAGGCAAUUGGCUAUUCUUUUGCUAUCGUGGGCAUUAACAUAACAGACCUUGCAUACAACCUGCUUGUGAGUGGAGCUCUGAAGACCCAUUUCUACAAUGUUGCUCCAGAAGCACCAACACUAACUCACUUUCAGCAGACGUUCU